CAGAACUCUAUACGCCACAAUUUGUCACUGCACCAAUGUUUUCGAAAAAUUGACCGCAAAAAAUUUGAAAAGGGCAAAGGCGGCUACUGGGAGCUGGGUAUCGACCCUCGGAAAUCCGACCGAAAGCGAAUACGCAACCGCAAGGGAGCGCAAUAUAGAAACAGACAUCAGCAGCAAACACAACAACAACAACCACAGCAACUAACAGCUAUAUUUAAUAUGAACAAAUCUGGCACGACCCCAGCAGCGACACCAACAGCAACUGCGGAACAACACACCGCAACUUACAGCAAUAUGUUUGAAAGCCUUCAGUACCAACAAAAUCAAACGAAUGCUUCGGUAUACGAUGAAUUACCGAAACUACAAAUCGGAAGUUGUUAUAGUGAUUGCUGCCCGCAAAAACCGCCCGUUUCUGCCAAUGCGGCCAGCGAUGAAUGCAGCGAACACGCCAACGAGCAUUUGCUCCUCGAUGAGCUGGACAUACAACAAAAUGUGGACGUUGUCAGCUGCUGUCAGCAAACGCAACCGGCGCAGGAUAUUUUCAUCGGCGGCAUACUGGAGUGCAAUACGUCGGACCCGUCUGCGAGCACGCUGAGCAAUGUGUCCGGUGAUGGCAGCCAACAAACGAUCGAACUACUGCAGAGCCACCAACAACUACGACAGUAUCAAUUGGGGACGAUAAUUAUAAGCAAAACUACGUCCAAUACUGGUGAUAUACCAAACUUUGCCGCUACAACGGGGUCCAUCAAUUGUUUCAUCAACGGAGAGUACGUUAAUGAGAAACAACAUGAACAACAACAAAACUUUAUGAAGAUACGAAACCCUUCUUAA